UUACUUUUUCUAUUUUUUUAAUGGAUAUUUGAGAAGAACAUUCUGCUCUCCAUUCUCGAGGAUCGGUACUUGAGGAUUAUCUUUUCCAUUCAACUACUUCUCCUGACUGUGAGUUCAAUACUGCAUUCAUCUGCCAACAUAACUCAAGUUUCCUGCGACAACAGUAAUCUCCCUUCAACUUUAGGCUCUGUUACGUCUGGCAAAGAAAUCAUUAUCAGGCUUUAAGGUGUCUGAACGAUUGCUGGACGAAACUCGGCAUUUGCUGUAGUGCUCGGGAUAAGGGCUACCAUUCCCUUGUACAAAAGCUUCCAUAUAUGGACAUACUAAGGACAGUGUUGUUUUCAAUGAAAAUUGUUUGCUCUCAACUGGUAAAAUUGUUACUUUCAGUCAUAUUUGGUUGCCUGCCCUUUCUUGGCAGACGUGGAACACAGAAGCACAAAACUAUGUAUCGUGCCAUAAACAGUCCAUCAGACAGCUUGUUUCUUCCAACUGUUAAUUGUUUAUUCGCUUUGUCUACACAAUUACUGCAAAGCGGUUUCUUGAUAGAUUAGGUAAUGGUCGUAGUUUGAAUUUAUUGCUGUCGUUUGCUUGGAUUCCAAUCCUCAGCGAUACUGAUUUAUUACUUCAACUGUAUCAAUAGAAAGAAUUUUAGCUAAUAUUUUAGACAAUUUACAAUUUUUAAUGAAACAUAUACAUUUUAAAUUUAGAUUUAUUAAAACAUUUUUUAAAAUAAAGUCCAUAGUAUUUGGAUAUCGAAUUUGGACACUCCAUUAUUCAGUGAUAUACAAGCAGCA